AUCUCCUCUCAUCAGGGACAACAAGCAGAACAUGUGCCCUAGGAACCUUACCGGGAAUAUUUAAUACAUUCCACGAGCAUUGUGAUCUGAUGUAAUAAAAAACAACAUUUUUUUUUUAGGCAAAAGUGAUUAUUUUGUUAGGGUUGUGACAGUAGUCACAGUAGUUUUAACUUCUGCAGCGGUUUCAGGUUUUAAUGUAAAAGUGGUACUGUAUGUAAAGUAAUAUAUCUAUCAGCAACUCCACUGUAGUGUCACGUUUCUUUCAUGUUUGUAUCUGUCAGCGCUAUUUAUUUCUACAGCUGUCUUAAAAUGUAAAUAUAGGAUGUGUUUAGUAACUUUUUAUUUAAUUUUUAACUUUUACUUGGUGUACUUGUGCUUUCUGUUUGAAGAUGCUGUCCUUUUUGUAUUUUUUUUUUUUUCCACAAAAAAGAAAAUGUAUUUGGAAAAUAUAAAACUUUCCAAUAUAGAUGCCAUGCUCUACUUCCAUAGUUAUCUCAGUGAUCAGAUCUGUAGCAAAGGGACAUGGCUGCCAUUUUUUCCUGGAUUGAGAAGCUGCACUAGCGACUCCUACUAGGCUUUUGUUUUUUGGGGCCAUGCUUUGAUUCGGGGUCCACUCAAAUCUUCAUAAAAAGAUAUCUGUAUAUUCAUAUCCACAUAUCUGUAGACAGUUUGUAGUCCAUCUGUGGUCUAAAUUUGAGCAACUAAUCACAUUCAGGCAAGCUGUUUCCAGGUAAACAAUGGAAAGGAAAAGAAGGAUGCAACCUAACCAAGAUCACCAAUAAGACCCAAUGAAAAGGUGAAUACAUGCAUCAUUUUAAAAUGUCUGAUUUUUACUUGUGGUACUGCAGUUGCUGAAUAUUUUAUUCUUUUUUGUUGUCGUUUGUUUUGUUCUUUUAAAGCUCUUUUUGCAGUGCCCUAUUAUUUGCACACAUAGGAGCAAUAAGAGCAAUACACCUAAAAAUACUAUGUUUUAAUCCCCCUGAAUAUGUGGUCAAAUUACAGGGAUAAUGUCUGCACAUGGCUGGACUGAGGUGCCCCCCCAGUAAUAUCGGUGUUUUGAAAAUCUGAAAAAUUAUUUCCUUUCAGGAUUCUUGCAGCCCGUCACUACUGGAAAAUCCAACAGGUGUGUGGAAGGAUUUCAGGAGGAGUUUAACUAGGAGCAAAAAUGUAAAACGACAGAAGGGAGAUGAGGUAGAAAACAAGCUGCCUGUGUAAUUGGGUCAUGACAUAGAAAAUCUGAAAUUAGAAUAUUGCACAUCAUUGCUUGUCAAGCUGUCAGUGCCCAUUAGUCUGAAAACGAACAAGUCAAGUGAGGCGUCUCUUCAGUUGAGAGCUCCGAGGUUUUAAUUUCAGUAAUGUGAAGGAUGUCUGCAAUUCUCGCCAAGUCUACUUAAAUAAGAUGUAAUUUAUAAAAGCUGGAUGGACAGAACAUUGUGAGGUCAUUUCAGUGAUUUGGAUGAUUUACCUUUUAUGGAGGUCGUCACUUUUUAAGGCCACAGUCUUAAAGUGAAACAGCUGGUAUUUUUGAUCCCGUAUGCAUAGCUUCCUCUUAUAACGACCUGGGAAGGAGGCAAUGGGCAGAUGGUGGUCAAGGUCAUCCCUCUCACAUACUGUAUGCAUGUCAGCUGCUUUAUACUGGGGAUUUGGUGCUAAGAUUCUAGAAAUCAAAACUUGGAUUAAAUUAAAUUAAUUUACAGAUUAUAACUGGAUGAUUCCAAGUUCAUAGAGGUGAAUAGGGCUCAUCUGUGCUUUCACAUGGCUUCGGGUGUCAGCUGAGGUAAAUCUUUUCAUUCUUUAAGAUCCCUCUCCUUGGUCACACAGCAUUACAACACUCUUUGUUGGAGUCAGCAGAAAAAAAACGUAAAACUAUCAAGGUCGCUUGCACUCACUUCCAGUUGAGAAGUGGGAGACCUUGUCUCUCCUUGAAAACUGAAGAAGAGCUCGAAGUGUCACAUCAGUGCAAUAGUAGUAGGAUUGUCUGAUCUCAAUAGCACGCAAAAAGAACCUCUUGUAUCCACAUGGGGGCCAUAUUGCUUCUUAGAAGACUACACAAGUCAACGAACAAUAUAAUGCAUACACAUAGACUGUUUCCAUGAGCUCUACAUCAACUGAGUAAAAUUAACCCUAACCCUAUAAACGAAUAAGCAGAUUAUUAACCCAAUGAAAAGGGGGGAAGAUGUGUGCACUGAACUAUGAAAAGCAGAUUGUAACUACAGCAUUUGCACUCUGGGAGGCGCUCUUAUAUCAAAGAAUAUCUGAAUACCGAUUUACCAUGUGUAAUAAAUAAAUAAAUAAAUAAAUAAUACUUACUGUUGAACUGGGAUGACCACAAGUAACAGAUGGGAAGUGAUUCUUCAUUAAGAACAUUGUUUCUGGGAAGCCAAACUAUUUUUCAUGCAGUAUUUUUAACCCAUGCCCCGAACUGCACGUGUGCCUUUAUACUGAUUUAUUGCCAUAGCAACCUAAAGAACGUAAUACUUGACGAGACGACAUUUCGCCAGCCUUAUUUAUUUUGCAAUACCUGCUGGCGUUGUACCUUUACGUCAACACAGUAGGUUUUACACUUCCGUUUAACCUGAAACGCGUCGGUACAGUUUGUUGCUGCUCCACCUCUGUGAUAAUUUCUAGCAAAGGGUACACCAGAACACCGUAAUGGCUAGUUUAAACACCGACGCAGUCUAUCGGAGUGACUAGUAGGAUCAUUACGGUAAAUGUAGGUUGCGGAGCCUGUGUGUGUCCGACAGACCGGGAGUUCCUCUGGAAGACACUACGCCGAACAGGUCUCGGAUGUUAUCCUUUCUUGUGAGCCUCGAACAACAUUUCAUCUAGCCAGGUGCAACAAAAGGGCCUGUCGCACUUGGCUUUCUCUACUCUUCUGACAAUCUCUACGUCAGUCUUUUGAUAGUGGGAGAGAAGAUAGUUUCUCUGGAUCCAGCCUGACGCCUAUUCCAAAGUUCCAUCCCACCUAAUCAGAAGGAGAGACCCCAACCCUUGCUAAACCUCUUCGGCUGCUAGCUAGCAUCAGCAUGGCAGACAGUCGACAGCCAGAAGACGGUACCCCUCAGUGGGACCCAUCAGCGGGGCAGGAGCCUGGUGGCACCCAUGGAGCCAAUGGCUACUCCUCCUCAGCCUACAGGACCUGCCAGCCUGGUGGGACCCAUGUGGCCACAGCCCCCUAUUCUGCCAGGGAGAACGGCUUCAACGGGGAACUAACUGGAGCUCACGCUAUAACUGCAGAGCAAGUGUCAGCCCGGAUUGUACAGGAAGUGACAGCAGAGGCAGUGGCAGUACUGAAGGGAGAGCAGGAGACUCAAAGACUGCCAUCAGUUGAAGACACCACCAAUUUGCCUCCCUCGCCUCCCCCCUCACCUGCUGCAGAGCACUUUGGACCUCUAGAACAAGAUGUAGGGGAUGAGGAGGAGGCGGGCCCUCUCCGCCGCUUCCAAAAUUCUCGUGAGAGGUGCAAGUUCCUCGCCCCCUCCAUCUCAGUUUCCGUGCCCGAGGACGACCCCUACCACUCCGAAGAGGAGUACUAUGAGCACCCAUUGUUCAGCCCAGAGUGGACGCACUCGGGCUCUCGCCCCACAGGGCAAGCCGUGGCCUUUAGACAGAUUGAAGAAGAGACCAUGGAGGCUCUUACAGCUGAAUACGAGGAGGAGGUGGAAGAUGAGGAGGAGAGUGCAGAGGCAGCAGAGUCCGAGGCAGCUCUUGAUGAGCAGCAGUGGAGUGGGGAAGAGCCCGAGCUGGACAGCCCCCAAGCUGAGCCCUUAGAGCAGGCAGAGGCCAUAGACGAGGCCCAGGAUCUAGACCUGGAGCCGGCUGAGGCAGCUAGUGCUACUGCAGAGAGCUCUAUGGACAGAGAGGAGGAGGAAGCAGAGGGUGAGGAGAGCCCGGAGACAGCUUUGAAGAUGGAGACAGACAAGCAGGACAGUGGAUCCAUGAGCCCUGACAGCAUUGGAUCAGAGAAACGCCCAGAGGAGUUUUAUGAGCCCCAGAUCCAAGGGUUCUUUGCUGGUGAACGAGUUGUACCAGAGAGUCCCACCAUGGAUAUGCCAUCCUUUGUACCCCCAGAUGUUCAAAGUCAAGCCAAGGAACCCGUCAGAUCGCUCACACUUCAGCCUACAUAUGGUGAGCCGAUUACAGUGUCAGAGAAGCAGCCAUCAGUGGAGGUGGUAGAGUUCAGCAGCAUCAGCUCUCCUGCUGAUUUCACAUCAGUGGGAGCCAAAGUUCAAGGAGGAGACUCAACAAGUGACACAAAAGACAGAUCUGGGAUGUCAGCCUAUUUUGAAACAUCAGCCAUGGAGGUUAGUGAAGGUCCUCACAGUAAAGGUGAGGGUUAUUACGAACUGAGUAGAGCUGGUGAAAAGCAGAGUACUGAUGAUACCAGUUCUCCUGAGAUCAGCUACAGCACACUUGCUGAAGCUCAAGAUAAACCUGAAGCUAAAAAAAGUACAACAGAAGACACUAGGGUAUUUACAGUUCCUGACAGGAGUAAUGACUGCAGGCUUUCCCCAGGUAAACUUGCCUUAGAGCAGAGGAGUUACUCACUUAAUAUCACCAUAGGAGCAAUGGAUCAAAGUGGCCAAGGUAGACAAAGAAACUUCUCCCCACUGGCCACAGAUAUCAUGUCAUAUACCAGUGGAAGCUUAGAUGACUCAGCAGACUACCUUCCAGUUACCACACCAUCUGCAGAUAAGCCACCAUCUUUCCCUCCACUCAUACUUGAGACGGCAGCUUCCAUUACUUCAGACUCCUCAUCUCCUCCAAGGAUCACAGAGCAGCCUCCAAAACCUAGUCCUGAACCGGAAUCUCCAGAAUCCCCCGAGCCUCCCAAGAAUACAUAUAAAAAUGGCACAGUAAUGGCACAAGACUUGCCCGAAAUGCUUGACCUUGCUGGUAACCGUUCGGGACUGCAAUCAGAAAACAGUGACCCAGAAAUCAUUCGGAGGAAGUCGAUUCAAUCUGAUUCUUCUGCCUUAAAUUAUGACCCACUGGCUAGCCUAAUUUCAGGGGAACAGAGUCCUGGAGCUAGAAAGAGUGACAGCCAGCUGGAAGAGAUGGGUUAUUGUGUAUUUAGUGAAUAUUCAGGGCCCAUGCCGUCCCCUGCAGAUGUGUUCAGCCCUACAGACACUUCUGCACAAGUCUUCACCCCGUCUGUCCUGGAGGAAAAGGUAGCUGAGCAGGCAAGAAAAUUAGCAGUCAGAGAUGUGUCUUUGGAGGAUAAGACACAGCCAUCAGGAGUUGCUGAUGCAGCUGAAGAAAAAGACCAGAAAGAAGAAGAGAGAAAAGAUUCAGCUGAAGAAAAUAAAAAGAACAAAGAAGAUGAUCAGAUGAUUACCUCUGUAAGCGAGACACCACUUGCUCAGCCCUGUGAGCCUUUUGUGACACCAACUGUCACUGUGACACUGGAGGAAGGUGGGAGGUCAGUGAGCGAGACUGAGCGGCAAGCCAGCGGUGAAGGCUCAGCGUCAGAAACUGAGAUUGCUGACUAUGAGAGGCAGAUCCGGAAACUGGAGAUGGAGGACAGGCCUCUCAGUUUGGAGGAGGAGCGAGAGCUGCAGGAGCUUCGAGAGAAGGUGAAGCUGGUGCAUCAGGAAGCCUAUGAGGAAGUGGACGCUGAAGAUGUGUACCAGCUGACUGGUGUGGCCAAGGACCGAAUUGCCAGGCCUGUUAAAACUUCAUCUGCCUCAUCUGUGGAGAGCAACAUCGAUGAUGACAAGCUGCUCUCCCCAGUGCUCUCACCCUCCAAACUUAAACAAAGAGAAAUGUAUGGCUCCCCGAAAAGAUCAGCUUCACCUGUGUUGGGCAUAAACAAAGAUGAGAGAGAAGAUCCAGAAAAGAAAAUGAAGGCAGAGCAAGAGAAAGAAGCAGUCGAGAAGAAACUUAAAGAGGACGAAGAAAAGAAAAUCAAGGAAGAGGCAGAAAGAGAAAGGAAAGAAAGGCUGGAAAAGGAAAGAAUAGAGAAGGAGUUGAGAGAGAAGGAAGAGAAAGAAACAAUAGAAAGGCAGCUGAAAGAAAAGGAAGAGCGUGAGAAGGAGGAAGAGAUGAACACAAAAGUUGCAGACCAGCCUGAAGUGGAUGCAAGACAAAAAGAAGCUGAUGCAACAAAGCCUUCUGAGGUUGAGAAGAUGAAGGACAAAGGCGACGUGACGAAGGAAAUACCCGAGGCUCAUGCUGCCAUUGAGUCUGUGGUGACAGUUGAAGAUGAUUUCAUUACUGUGGUCCAAACCAUUGAUGAAGCCGAAGAGCCGGGCCACAGCGUUCGUUUCUCUGCCCCACCUGAGGCCGAAGCAGUUUGCAUUGCUGCCCAGAAAGAAGAAGAAGAGGAAGAAGAGUCUGUGGAGCUGGCUCAGGAAGCGGACAUAGAGGCUGCCAGUUUAGAGGAAAUGGGAGAUGUUCCUGAAAUUCCUGGCUCACCCGAGAGGGAGGCUCAGACCAUAGAAACAGAAGGACCAACAGAAAGCUAUGAUAGAGAUGAAACCACAAUGGAUGACUCCAUUCUGGACAGCUCCUGGGUUGACACUCAAGAUGACGAUAAGAGUAUGGUAACGGAGCACACUGAGCCUUUGCCCAAGAUGUCUAGUCCGGUCAAAAAACCUGCUGUGGUCCAGAACAAACUGGCACAACAGUGGAAGACAGAGAAACAGGAAAAGCUUAUUAAAGCCAAGACUAAGGGGGGGCGGCCUAAGGGACGAAUCUCGACUCCAGAACGCAAACCUACCCGCAAAGAACCUGCCUACAUCCCCAAAGAGGAACUCAAGAAGAAAAAAGCAGUGAUAAAGAAGGCUGACCUGGCCAAAAAAAUGGAGACUCGGACUCAAUCCCCGUCCAAGAGGACUGCAGGGAAAGCAGCAGUUCGCCAGACCCGUCCUAUCCAGCACCACUCCUGCCCCAGGAGAAUAACCACAGAGGUCCUACCUGACAGUCGUCAGCCUCUCAGCGUUGCCAGACAGUCUCGUGACAGAGCAUCGUGCCAUGCCCAUCAUUUACCGUUUACAAAGAUCCCCACCUUCAUAUCCAGAGCGGCUGCCUCGCUAGAUAGACCUCGUCCAUCCUCAGCAGAGCCUCAGGGCUCCACAGAAUUACAGAAACAAAUAGCUAAGGAUGGUGGGUCACGGAGCCCAGAGAAGAGGUCUUCAGUGCCACGCCACACCUCAUUUAUGAGUCGCCGUGGGCCCCAUGACCAUGAAGAGAGCUCUACCUCUAUCACUAGCUCUGGCUCUACGGCUCCUCGCAGGCCCACAUCAUUUCGCACUGAGAUGAGGGCAGAACACAGGACAGGGCGAGCUCCUAGCAUGACAGUUACAGAAUCAGCGCGCUCACGUUCAGCUCGCAGUGGCCACUCCACCCCACGCACCCCUGGCUCAACAGCCAUCACCCCAGGAACUCCUCCCAGUUACUCAUCAUCUUCGAGGACCCCCGGGACCCCACGCUCCCUCAGUUUGAUUUGUCAGGAGAGGAAGGUGGCUGUGGUCCGUACCCCACCCAAGUCACCUGCAACCACACCCAAGCAGCUCCGUAUUAUCAACCAGCCACUCCCUGACUUCAAGAAUAUCAAGUCUAAGAUUGGCUCCACAGAGAAUAUCAAGUAUCAGCCUAAAGGAGGACAGAAACAGAAGGACCCAGAUGGGCCAACAGAGGCCAAACGCAGGGCCUCUUUGAUCUGGAAGUCAGUGCUGCGCCUCAUCUCUGUUACUCUGUGUCUGUCUGCGGUACACAGCGUGACCUGGACGCAGGACCUGCUGAUUCAUAUUUUAAACAAGAGGCAGGACUUCACCCCAUCACUGUCAAAGUGCAGCUCCAAGGAUAAUCUGAAGCACUCUCCUCGUGGAGCCAAUGUAUGUACCCUUCAAGCUUUGCCUUCCUCAUUAAGAGGAUGGGUGAAUGCCUUAUAUAAUUCUAUAUAUGGACUUAAGCCCAAGCGUUUUCCCACCUCAUUCCUCGCCUCCACCCUGCAGGUUUUCAUCCCCAGUGUUAAACUGGACUAUAGCCAUGUUCAGUCUAGGUGUGGGUCCUUGGACAGGCGUGGCUACUCGGCAGGAGGUGGAAACGUACAAAUACAGAACAAGAAGAUUGACUUGAGCCAUGUGACCUCCAAGUGUGGCUCUCUAGACAACAUCCAUCAUCGGCCAGGAGGUGGUAAUGUGCGUAUCGAGAGUGUGAAGUUGGACUUCAAAGACAAAGCCCAAGCAAAGGUGGGUUCCCUGGAAAAUGCUCACCACAUUCCUGGUGGAGGCCACGUCACGAUUGAAAGCCACAGGUUGACAUUUCGGGACAAUGCCAAGGCCCGAGUAGAUCAUGGAGCCGAGAUCAUCAUCCAGUCACCAGGUCUCUCUGGCUCAGUGUCUCCCCACCGCAUCCGCGAAAGCCAUCUAUCAUCCUCCGGGAGUCUCAACAUGAUGGAUUCCCCACAGUUAGCAACCUUGGCGGAGGAUGUCACUGCAGCUCUGGCCAAGCAGGGUUUGUGAACACUGGAUCUCUGGAUCGCUGCUCUGCACCCAAGACGUUCUCAUCCUGAUCCAUUCAAACUUUUCCGCCCUCUCCUGCCACCCUAAAGCUGACUGAUCACCGCUACUACUCAGCUAAACCGGUUCUAAGUAGAGACUCAAAGUAGGAGCUACUGUACUUUGGUCCUAUUUAUUCUGUUUUCUGUCUAUUUUAAACCCAAACGUCCUAUUUCUGAUUGAUUUUGAUCUCCCUCGUUUUGAAUGAUGUUGCAAAGAAAAGUUUGCUGUAACCUCUAAAUAGUGGGGACAAAAGAUUGGCUUUACUGGUCUUGGAUCAGUGUUGAAGAAGCAACAGCCUUUUUUCUACUUUGAAUAAGAAAUAACGCCACGACCACCACACCGCACGUAUUGCUCUUGUUCAGUAAACGUGCAUGGACACCCUAUCAAAACACGCAUCCUUACUGCAAGUCAUUCUUGUCAUCCAAUAUAUAAUAUAUUUAUCAAAUAUAUAUAGAAACAUGUAUAAAAUAAAGGUUCUUUGCCAUCUACAUGUCCUGAAAACAUUUUAAAAGGAAGUGACAAAAAUGGCUUGAAAAUCUGUAAAAUUGCAUUUAUGCAAGCAACUAGGUCAUGUUACCACGAGCAUGUAUGGAUUCAAGUCUUAAAAGAGGCUAUUUUGUAAUUUAAAAUAAGGAUUUUAGUAAGUUAUUUCCUCAUUUAUUGGAUAAAAAUUAAACAAGUUCAUGUUUUGUAGUUAAUAGUUGUUUACAGUGUAAUGCUUGGUGACAAUGUCAGACAGCUGAUUUGGUGUUGCUAAAGAAUGCAUCUCAGUCAUGUCAAAGUGCAUCACACACUUGCACCUGCUCAGCGGUUCAACGCAGAAGCCUGUCCAUACAUCACAGCAGUAUUAAACACUGGCACUCAUUCGACAAACAUCCUCAAAAGGAAAGUCUGUUCAGACGCAGCUCACAAGAAUAAACAGCACUGACAUUUCUCCAGUAUUACAGGCUGACAUUGCCCUCAUCGGGACUGCCGGAACCACAGAGGAGAUGCUACAAUUUGCGACCUGAUAUUUAGCAGAAGAUGCAGCUACUCUGAAAUCUGUCUGUGCGUGUGCUUUUUGGUGCAGGUCCCCUGCUGUUUUACAGCGGACGCUACCGUAUCUGGAUGUUUUGUUGCAAUAUGCGGGAGAAUAAAUUGGACAAAAAUAUUUUGAAAAAUCCUAAAAGUUAAAAAGACUCAGUCAACUCCUGUUAUGUCUGUUAGGAAAAAAAAAAGUGUUUGGGUGAUCUAGUUUCUUUUUCAGACACCAUUUGUGGUAUGCCCUGCCCUCCUGCCCACUACUUACUGCCCUCACCUGCAACUGUUUGUUUGCUUCCGUGUUUUUUCUGCAUUCCCCAUCUCUGUGUGCCCCUUCCCCACCUCCUACUCCAACCUACAGCAACUGUAAAUGUAUUUAAAAGGUCAAGUAGAUGUACGCAGUUUUUCUCUUGUUGAUAUGACACCAGUUACAAUAAUUAAUGACAAUAAAACGACCAAAAAAUGGGAAAAAAA